GACGGCGCGGCCUGCGAGCGGAGCUGCCCGCCGCGGGCGCUGCGGGACCUGGAGGCCGAGUGCCGCAAGUACCCGGUGGUGGCCAUCAAGGACGUGCGGCUGCUGGAGCUGGGCGCCCUGCUGCCCCUGCUGCGCGAGCCGGACCUGGACGUGAGGGUCAUCCAGCUCUUCCGCGACCCCCGCGCUGUGCACAACUCGCGCCUGCGGGCCCAGGCUGCGCUGCUGAGGGAGAGUGUGCAGGUGCUGCGCAGCCAGUCCCUGCACCGCCAGCUGCCGCCCCCCGGGGGGCUGGGGCGGCGCCAGCGCCCACCCGCCGAGUUCUGGGUGAGCGGGGCGCUGGAGGUCAUCUGCCAGGCCUGGCUGGGCGACGUGGCGCUGGCCCGCCGCGGCCCACCAGCCUUGCGGCGCCGCUACAUGCAGCUCCGCUACGAGGACCUGGUGCGAGAGCCCCGGGCCCAGCUGCGCCGCCUGCUCGCCUUCACCGGCCUGGCUGCUCCACCUGCCCUGCUGCGCUUCGCCCAGCGCAUGACCCACGGCACGGCCUACUCCUCCGACCGCCCCUUUCUGCUCUCCGCCCGUGACGCCCGCCGGGCCGUGACUGCCUGGAGAGAGCGCCUCAGCCGGGACCAGGUGCGCCAUAUCGAGACUGCCUGUGGUGACGCCAUGCAUUUCCUCUCCUACCCGCUUAGCGCCGGCCCCACCUAGCCGCGCUCUGGGUGAGUGGGGCACUGAAGGUCAUCCAGCUUAACCUACAGAACCAGGAUUAUUGUGCAGCCAGGGACUUCAAAGAAAAGUUUUCACCAUGAAACUACAUUCCAGAGUCUCACAGAACUUCAGCUGAGGCUAAAAACUUGGCAGUUCUCAGUUCUGCAGAGCAUGAACUUGAAUCAGUCAAAACAAUAGGAAAAUGGACAUUUCCUGUAAAGACGUGAUACAGUGCAAUAUGGACAACUGCAGCCCUCCAGUCUGGAGUGCCACCUUUUUUCAUUUGAACCUGCCAGUAUGGUGUCAGUGCUUGGUGCUGCUUCUGGCCAUAAGGAGACUGAAAUGUACUGACUAUACUAGGAUAAAGCCUCUACUGUAUAGCAAAAACUCAAUUCUUUGCGAGAAUGAUAUUGUACACUUAGGAUUUCUAGCACCAUUUUAAUUUCUAGGUGAUUUUUUUAAAGCUAAGUUCCUCAGUUUCUGAGAAUUUUUAUCUUUUUUCUUUCAUCCUGGGGGUUGAAAGAGCACAGAUUACAGUAAGUGGCAAAGGGAUGCUUCUCCCUUGAAAAAGUGAGAAAAGUGCUGUUUCUGUUGUUGCUCCACUUUGCAUGGAUUGGAACAAGUUAACAGAAAAUGGGUGACACCACGUUGCACCUCUUACAAGAGGGCAUACAUGGGGAGCUUUUUCUAGUGGGGAGAAAAGGAAGCUUGGGACAUCUCUUCAGUUGAUGGAAGUGGAUAGCUCCAUUGGAACCAAGGGUGCUGUAAACCUAUGUUACCUGCCUCAACUCGUACCUUAAAUUAGGGGUGUCAAACUCACCUCCUGCCCUGGGCCAUACCUGGCCAAGGAGCUGGGGCUGCAAUGGGUAAAGCUGCUAGAGGAUAACCAGGGCUGUAUCAGCUGUCGCCUGUCCUCCAGCUGUCAUCGCCACGUCCAUUGGGGCCCAAGGGCCCCGGAUUCUGUGGCAGGACACUCCCCCUGGCCAUAAGUACCAAUUUCUGGUGGCCUGCCAGUAGCCCACUGGGCCAGAUACAUCAGCUCUUGGGGAGUGGGUCUGGCCUGCGGACUGUACGUUUCACACCCCUGCCUUAAAUGGUCCUUUCAUGCUGAGAACUGGUACUUGCAGUGCUCAUUCCUAAUAUGCUUCUGUUACUGUUUUAAAAGAAUGUUAAAACUAUUGGGAAUCUAGUGUUCUUCUGCCUGUUAUUAAGCUGUUCGGAUACUACGGCACUCUUAAAUGCUGUCAGAAGGAACAAUGUUUCAAACCUGAUGGUGAACAAUGUCCUCUGCCUCCAAACUAAAAUUCAUAAAAAUGAAAUUAAUUUAAGGGUUUUUUUGGUGUGGUACUGUAUGAGCUACAUUUUCCUACCUCUAGUUUAACAAUUUCAGAGAAUCAGCCUAUUUGAAAAAUUAUAGAAUCAUAGAGAAGUAGGGCUGGAAGUGACCUCAUCUAGUUCAACCCUCUGCUUGAGGCAGAAAACAUCUAAAUCUAGUAGAUGGCAUGAACUUCAAAACUUCAGAGAAAGGUGAAGGUUUUGCUAUCCUGUUCUAAAACAUCUUGUGGAAGGACUAACUAAAUGCAUAUAAUUUAAAUGCAAACAUACACAAAAUGAUUUUUCCCCCAAUUAACUUCUGUAGGAAGCUUACAUGUUAACAGUUGGUAUAUGUAUAACUUUCAAUUGUUUGUUUUCAUCUAAAUGGUAGUGUUUGCAAAGGGAGCAUAAUUCUGCUUUCUACUCUCAGUGUACCCCAGAUCCUGUAAAGUUGGAUUAUUCUGUAUAAGUAUUAUGGAGACAGUCUCCAGAACUGAUGGGAAAUCUUUGUAUUCUUUCAAAUUGGGUAACCUAAAGCAGCGUUAAAAAAAAGUUAUUUUAUAAAUUCCUGUUGGGGGCCAUUGUUUCUGUGCAUAUGUGUUGAAUUUGUUUUGUGCUGAAGUAAAAUCAGAGCUAAUUCAACAAAACUCCUUUAUUUCCACGGGAAAAGGAUUUUUAACCAUUUCUUUGUACUUGUGCAAAUCUUUCUAUUGCAGCUUUGUGCAAUGCAGCUUGCAGGUCUGAAACAGACACUUGGAUUGGGCAAGGAAGCAAGUGUUACGUUUGCCAGCAUAAUGAUGUCUUAGGGUUCGGUUUCUCCCAACAAUUUCCAUUUCAGCCCAAGUACAAGUGUUUUUGCUGAUGUGGUAUAUUUUGCUAACUGAGCAGUU